CUAGAGAUUUCGAUAGGAUUUUUUCACAUUUUGCGUGUUUCACAUUGAAGACGACAUGUCCCACAUUCGAGAUAUAAAUUGAAUGAGGAGUAGCCUCCCUCAAAAAACAUAUCAUAUUGUUAUAGUUCUCAGUUUUCAAUAAUUUUCUUUAAACAGUGCGCGAAAUGAAUUCAAGAUUCACCCGUUCGAUUUCUUCCUCAAGGUCCUUCUCACAAAUUCAUCUUCACAUUACACGAUUGUAUAUGCUAAUUUGACAUAUAUGUAUGCAUUUAUCCAUGUAUUUGUCUAUACAUGCAAUCGAUGCAGGUGUGAUGAGCAGAGUGGAAAUGAGAUGAACAAAGGGGAUGAAGAGAGUAGUAAUUACACUGACGUGAGUAUCUUAAGUAUGAGGGGAGGUGAUGGACACAAUAGUUACGCUACCAACUCUCUUCUUCAGAGAAGAGUUUUAUCAAUGAGCAAGUCCAUAUUGGUUAAAAACACCAAAGAAAUGGUGACGAACUUGGACUUUCCUAAAUGCAUCAAAGUAGCAGAUUUGGGCUGUUCUUCUGGACAAAACACAUUUUUGGCGAUGUCUGAGAUCGUCAACACAAUUAAUGCGUUAUGUCAAGAACGGAACCAAAUCCCGCCAGAGAUAGAUUGUUGUCUGAAUGAUCUCCCUGGUAAUGAUUUCAACACGACGUUCAAGUUCAUAAGUUUCUUCAACGAGAAGCUCACAAGCAAUACACUAUGCUUUGUCUCUGGAGUUCCUGGUUCCUUUCAUUCAAGGCUCUUUCCUAGCAAGAGUCUCCAUUUCAUUCAUUCAAAUUGCAGUGUUAAUUACCUCUCUAAGGUUCCUGAAGGACUGGAGAAGAACAAGAUGAGUGUGUACAUAACAAGUUCAAGUCCUCUAAGUGAAUACAAGGCUUACUUGAAUCAGUUCCAAAAAGAUUUUACGACAUUUUUAAGAAUGCGGUCUGAAGAGAUGGUAUCUAAUGGACGAAUGGUUAUCACAUUACUCGGCAGAAACGCUAUAGAUGAUCCGUUGUACAGGGACUGUUGUCAUCAUUUGACAUUGCUAUCCGAUUCUCUCCGCGACCUUGUCUUCGAGGGACUUGUGAGUGCAUCAAAGGUGAUUUCAUUCAACAUGCCACUUUAUGAUCCGACCGACGAAGAAUUAAAAGAAAUUAUUAGAAAUGAGGGGACAUUCCAAAUAAACGACUUAGAGACACAUGCAUUUGAUCUUGGCCAUAGUAAGGAAGAAAAUAGGGAAUCAUGUAGAGCUAAACCAGGGGAAAAAGAGGCUAAUUGCAUUAGAGCAGCGUUUGAAAUGAUGCUCGUAGCUCACUUUGGAGAUGCCAUUAAUAUCGAUACAUUGUUUGCAAAAUAUGCACACCAUGUUUCUCAACAUGCUAGCUGCAUGAGAAAAACGUCUGUCAUACUAGUGGUUUCAUUGGUUCGGAAAUAAUCUUACUAUAUAUCAAGGAAUAACUUGUGUUGUGCUCAUGAUUUGCUAUGCCUCCAAUUCAAAACUACUUGCAAUAAAUGGAUUGACACAUACCAUUUAUAUA